CUCCACAGUUCUGCCUCAGCUCCCCUGUCUUCAUCACAAACAAAGACAGCCUUCAGGGUAGUUGGCGCAGUGGUUUCAGAGCGCUAAAAAGUACUUGAGCAUCAACAGAACAAUUGGGAUUGAGAUCAACAGCUGUCAGAGUGGACUUUACAAACAUCUGCGGUCUUAAUUUACCUCUUUUAAAAUGCAAACCUCCCCGAAUGGCUUUGUUCACUCGUGUGGAUUUAUGCCCUGCUGUCAGUGGUAGUACCAAGUCGUUUCUCUGUCUCAGUUGUUCCUCCAAAGGAAGCCUCCAGGAGACUACAGGAUGAAAUGGACAGUCUUGCUGUUAGAAUACUUCUUGGUCAAAGUUCUGGUGCUGUUGUGCAGCGCGGUCGGGGAAGCGCAGCAGCAGCAGCUCGAGGGCUUUAUAAUGCUCUCUGGAUCCAAUGGGUCCCGGGAUGAGGAGAGCGUUUCUGAACCUCCACAUACUGAGGACAAAUGUCGGGGAUACUAUGAUGUCAUGGGACAGUGGGACCCGCCGUUCGUUUGCCAAACUGGCAAUUAUUUAUAUUGUUGCGGCACUUGUGGCUUCAGAUUUUGCUGCGCUUAUAAAAACUCUCGUUUGGAUCAGAGCACCUGCAAAAAUUACGACACACCAGUAUGGUUAACAGGACAGCCACCGUAUAAGAAAACCCUAGACCCUAGACACGAUCCAACCAAGGAUAAAACAAACUUGAUUGUGUAUAUAAUAUGUGGAGUAGUGGCAAUCAUGGCACUGGUCGGGAUAUUUACCAAACUUGGACUAGAAAAGGCUCACAGACCUCACAGAGAGAGCAUGUCUCGAGCUGUUGCGAGCGUCAUGCAAGGCGCCCGUCAGGGUCAGCACGAGGAGGCCAUCGGAAUGCACACACAGCAUUAUGACACUGUGCAGGCGAGGGCAAACAACAUGCAAGGCGGCCAGAUAAACAACAUGAUGCAAACGCACCCGUAUCCAGCCCUCAGCCAGCUGUCCCAUGUCUAUGAGCAACAGCAAACGGCAAAAGAGCACAACAAAUACGCCUCACUGAAGGCUGUGGCUGCCAAAGCCAACGGUGAUUUCCUCAACAAGCAGCACCGCCACUUGGUCGAGUUGGCGGCUAAGGGAACCCUGCCACUUCAUCCAGUCAGAAUGGAGCAUGUGGAGCCCACGGCUUCCUACGUCACAGAGGUCCCGUGCCUCAAACAAAAUGGACAGAAGCCCAAGAGCAUUAAACCCACCGUGGCCCAUCCCGCAAUGGCCUACAGCUCCAACACCAUCGCAAACCCCGGCAUGCUGAGGAGCUGGGAGGCCGCAGAGACUGCAGGUCGACGCAAAACCUACGGCCCAAGGAAGAUGUGCACGGUAGAGCAGAUUAAUGAGCUACACACUGCCCGCAGUCAUCAUUACCUACCCACGCAACCCUACUUUGUAACCAACAGUAAGACAGAGGUGACUGUGUAAGAAGCUGAAUACAUUUCAAAGCAAGCAGCAGAGAGCCAAAAGUGAUUAUCGUCAUGAAACGAUUUUCCACACUGCCCCUAGUGGACUGGAGGCACAACAGGGGUGAGCAUGUCACGUCCUCACAAUAACAUCAGCUGACAGUGAGGCCAGGGAGACUUGGAAACGUUCACCACUAUUUAUAUCCACUGUAACAAUGAUGUGUUUGUGUUCCGUCAAUGAAAUGGGAAAAGGAAACAGAUGUAAAGAAUUGGCACAUGAAAAGUUUCAGAUCAAUAGCAAUAAGAUCUAAUAAACGUGCACGAAAGUGAGAGAGAUGAGACAUUACAGAAAUGAAACAUACUGUAUUAUCGAUCCCAGAUAUUAAAGGGCUGGCACGGAGUGCGAAACAUAGGGUGAUGCUCUUAUCUGAAAUAAUAUAGCGAAAAUUUGUCGGAUGUGAUAUGGAUUUGAUAAAAGACUAAGGCUGUGCCUUUUGUUUUGUCAUUAUAAAGCACCUCGGUCAAGCAACUAAAAAAACUGAUGUUUGAGUCCGAAGAGUACUGAAUAUUUCAUGCGAAGGUAGCAUUGCCAUGCCAUGAGCAACACUGUUAAAGAACAUGGAAGCUUGGGCACAACUCAUGUCUUUGGAAAUACAUGUGGUCUCUUUUUGCGUACAUUCGGCAUUACUUUUUUUAUGUGUACUCUCAAAUGCAUACAAGCAUGUUGAAAUAUUUGUCAAAAUGUCAUCAGUAGGUGUAUCUGCUGCCACAUGUACUGUAAGGUUUUUUUGCACUUUUACAAAUGUGUUGUGCGGAAGGUACAUAUUUAUUUAUUUAUUUAUUUAUUUAUUUUCCCCCCAGACAAAUGCGACUUAUGAUGAAAAAGACCAUCGAGUAUAUUUAUACCAUUGCCAGUAUAUGUAUGCAAAUUAUACAGUACAUUGUGCCAAGAAGUAGCUGGUUGAAGUUAUUGUGUUCAGCAUUAUAUUAAUUUAUUUUCUGUUUUAUUCAAUAGUGUGUUUGAGAGGAAAAUGUUUCUGUUGCUACAUCAUUAUCUAAUGGAGUGGUAGUUCUGGAGAUGUACUUUAAACUGGAAUAAAAUAAGCUUUUUCUUUCCUCAUUCGCUUCAUCUUUAUUUUCCCCUUCCAUUGCUGUCUUUGAUGCUAACAGGAUGUUGCAUUGUGAUGUUUUCGUAAACAGGUCGAUGAACUUUGUUGUAUCCAAUUGAGUUAAUUCAGCAAUGCGUAAACCUGGAAAUAUCAACCCAAAGAACUUGACCCGCUCCUGCACUUCCGGCUGAUUGCUGGGGAACCAGAUCAUGUGGAAUAACUCUAGUCUGGGACGGAUCCUGUCAGCCUCACUGCCUGUUAAAAUGUCUGUCUACUCCAUGCUAAAUUUGUUGUGUAGCGUGCAUGAGUAGUAAGCAGUUUCGUAACAUGCAGCACCUUUUCAUUCAUUUCCUUUCUUCUACCACACAUUAAUGCUGAAGUAAAGAGCAUAAGAAUAAAGUAUAGAAUAUAACCGUACACCGGAAAGUGUUUAAAUAUCCCCUAAGACACUCUCUCGCCAAAUUCUGAGGUCCAUCACAAGGUGUUGUGGUGUUUUGUUAGAAAUAGCCAGAGAACAGGCAGCAAGUCUUUCAUCUCCUGCAACUUCGAGGAAGUCCCAGAUGAGGAGCAGGGAAGGAAAGGGCUCUGAUUGAUUUGAUUCAGGCACUUUGAGCAAGAAUAAGCCAGCUAAUCCAAUCCUCAGCUGCACGCAUUCACCUCUGAACAGGUGCCUGGAAACAGCCAGAGAUUGAAUGAGCCUGUUUCUGUGGGGGCCUUGUUGAGCUGCCAGAAAUCAAAGUUCUGCUCGGUGAAUUAAGAUUGAGGGUGCGAGUGACCUAGUUAACCGAAUCAGCACCGGCCUGUUCGGCAUACAGGCACAAAGUAAUAGGAGAGCGGGUGGUCGAUUGCGUUUGUUUCCUGAGGUCUCAGCCUUGCAUUUUUCCAUAGCUUUAAAUGGAGAGGGAAAAAAAAAACUAUAUUAUUCUACAGAAAACUUAAUGUAUAUGGCUCAUCUGGCUUUUUAUAUAGGAUGUACAGUAUUGUAAUGUAUGCCAGGUUACCCAAUCACAUUACACAAAACCAGUGACUAGUUUCAUUUAAAAUAUUAUCAAAUUAUACCAAUAUAAGGCAAAAAGAAAGAUGAUAGAUUUACCCGUAUUCAUUUAGCAGAUGCUUUUAUCCAAAGUGACUUAAUAUAUGUGCUACAAUACAAAACUGCUCAGAAAUGUCUGAGCCAGAAGUUUGAGCCUUUAUGUUUUCAUAUUUUAGCGUGAAUUAACACUUGAGUGUUUAGAUAACAGGGUAAAAUAAAUAAAUGGAUGAAGUUUAAUUACUUGCAUUCUUUAUCAAUAAAUGAUUAAUUUAUAAAUCAAUCAAUGCAUGAAUGUUAGGUUAGGUUAGUUCGUUUCAUACAUAAAAACAAGCGAUGAUCACAGCAUAUUCACAAAUAUGACGCACUCGCUGAUUUGCGUUUUAUACUCCAGUCAGAAAUCUCCAAAUUAAGCGCACAACCUAAUUUUAAUUAAGGGAGAAAUGAGGUUGAGGAAUAGUAUUGACUGUGAUUAAUUAACUGAGCCUGAGAUAAGUCUGAUUGUUAUGAGGUUAUGAUUAAUUUGAAGUUGGAAAAUGAUAAUUUGGACCUAUACUGGAUACUGAGAAACUAAUCAGAUUCAAGGGCUUAUCUUUUUCUUUUCAUAGUUUGUAUUGCUACUUGUCCUUAUGUAUGAGUGUACAAUGCAGUUCAUUUUGUUUACAGUGCUGUUACUUUAGGAUAUGUCGCCACAUGGCAGAUAAGCUGAAUUUAAAACUGUAAUGUAAAUAAUAUUUUUGUGCAGUGUAUUUGUAUACAUAUGACAUUUAUUAAAGAUAUGCUAAACUGGA